AUGUCCUCUUCCACCCAGACCAAACGCAUUAACUUUGAGGAUUUCAAAUUUGAUUUCAGUGGUGGAGAUAUUGAAGGCAAAUAUGCCAUAGAUCGUCCAAUCUACGAGUGGAAAAGUCGAAGCUUUCUCAGAGUUAAAUUAUUUACCGAAGACAAUCGCGAUAGAGCUGAAAAUGAAAUUCGAAUUCUAAAGAAACUUCAAGGAAGCCCCUAUGUUUACAAAAUUUUGGCCUAUAUACAUGGCUCGCAGGUAGACAUUUCUUUAUGCACAAACCCUGAACUGCUUCUCAAUUAUAAGAAAUAUGAUUACGCAGUAGAUAUGUGGGCAGCUGGUUGCAUUCUUGCAGGUUCCAUUUUCCAAAGAACGCGCAUUUUCAGUGCAAAAGAGGAGGAGAAACAGCUGCUUAAAAUAGCAAAUAUUUUAGGUGGGAAAGAAUUGAUCGAUUGCAUCAAGAAGUAUGAAAUUUCAGUGGAUAAAGGAUUGCAACGGAGCAUUCGAAAGUGUCAGGGGUUGGGAUACCAAUAUUUUAAAAAAGGAGGUUGCGAAGAACUAAUAACUCAAGAAGCGAUUGAUUUGGUGAAAAAGUUGCUUGUUUAUGACCACAAGAAACGUCUGACAGCUAAAGAGGCACUUGAUCAUCCAUAUUUUUCGAAAAUUCGCGAAGGAAAUCUGACCGCAAUUGGAGAUACAACUAAAGAUAGUGGCGUUGAACAACUCUGUGAACUUAUAAAUAAACAAAUGUCAGUAACAGAGGAUGAUAAUUAUCCAACUAUAGAUAUCAGCAGGAAACUUGGCCACGGAACCCAAAUUGGCUACUCUCGUAAAAUUAAGAUAUUGGAGACAUUGAAAGGAUGUCCAAACGUGAAUCGUUUCCUAGGCUCAGUGGUUUGGGACACUGACACUUUCUUUCUUUUCUUUGAGUACAUAAAUGCGACUCCUUGGCAUACAAUUUAUAUUAAACUUUCGGGUGAGGAAUUACGAAAUUAUCUUCGACAAAUGUUUACGGCCCUCGAAGGUUGUCACAGUCGUGGAAUAAUGCAUUGCGACAUUAAGCCCAAUAAUUUUCUAAUUGAUCACUUAAGACGAAAAGUGUAUCUCACGGACUGGGGUCUAUCUACUUUUUACGAAGGGGACACAUUUUAUAACACUGGAAUUGGAUCAUUGCCUUACCUCAGUCCUGAGCUAUUGGUUAACUACCCGAAAUAUAAUUUCUCGAUAGAUAUUUGGCCUAUGGGCUGUAUAGUGGCAGAGGCAAUAUUUCGAAAACGAUUCAUAUUUGAUGCAGGGAGACAGGACUAUCUGCUAGAGGAGAUACUGAAAGUGCUUGGAUCUGAAUGUUUAUUGAAGUUUUGCCGGGAUUAUCAUAUUAACAUUCUUCCCCAACAAGUGGAUUGCCGCUACUUGGGUCAUAAGCGGCAACAGUGGUCACAGUUCAUCACAGAUGAAAAUCGAGAAGUUGCUACUUCAGAAGCUGUGGAUUUGGUGGAAAAGCUUCUUGUUUUUGAUCCCAGCUCCCCAAAUAAUUUGCUUGUCGCUAAGGAAGAUGGUUUAGUUCAUCUAUUCGAUACCUCUAAAGAAGGCCCAGAAGGCCUUUUAAAAUGCACGUACUAUUAUUAUUCUGCUCACGAAAAUGCCAUAUUUAGCGUAAAGUGGGUUAAUUACGGGAGUCAGUUUUUAACUGGAUCUGGAGAUCAGACCAUCAAGCUUUUUGACGCUGAAAGUGGAACAUGUAUUAGUGUGUAUCUUGGUCACAAAAUGUCCAUUCGAUCUAUGGCGAUAUGGCCACUAAAUAAAAAAAUUUUUGCCUCUGUUUCUCGAGAUGGUUCGAUUCGAAUUUGGGAUUUGCGUUCUCAAAAUGCGAUUGGUGUUGGUAGUGCUUUUCAUUUACAAGGUUGCCACCUUCCUGUUACGUCCAAUCCCGUUCGCCGUUCUCGUGCAGCUUCUCGACGUUCAGCAACUGAUGCUCACACUAUUACCUCCGUUGUAUUUGCAAGGGACUAUGAACUCGUUACAGCAGGAUCUACUGAUGGUGUUAUUAAAAUCUGGGAUAUUCGAAAAUUUGGACCAUUAAAAAAGAAUCCACCACAGCCUCUUGUUUCUCUCCCUUACAAGGGAAUUUCUAAGAAACAGUGCGGUUAUUCUGAUUUGAUUGUGGAUUCUGUCCGAAGUCAUCUAUUUGCAAGCUGUAUGGAUCACAAUAUCUAUAAAUAUGAUCUUAACUCCACUUCUACUCGUCCUGUCAUGCUCUAUACGGGCCAUGUAACAGGAUCAUUUUAUAUCAAGAUGUCUCUGAGUCCAGAUGACUCCUAUCUUGCCACAGGAAGCGCAGACUCAAAAGCUUACAUUUACUCAGUGGACAAACGUGUUCAACACCCCUGCAUUCUCUCCGGACACCAAAGUGGUGAGGUCUCUGUUCCACGUUGGUGUGUUCAUGACCCCACUCGAAUAGUCACCCUAUCUGAUAGUGGCCAACUUUUUGUUUGGCAGAUGUUCCCCGCUCGGGAGUACACUAUGCCUGUUCCCGGACAACAUGCUGGUGAGUCCUGA